AUGCCUUCAGAGCAGCUUCUUUCUCGUCUCCCCGAGUUUACCCUCCCACCGGGCUAUAAGCCCGCAUGGGAACAUGAAAACCCUCUCUUUCCUACAGCUCUAGAUCAAGAGGCCUGGAUAAUCUAUGUCUAUCGAGAGAUUUUGAUGAUGCGUCUUAUGAAUACCAUCACGGAUAAGCCUGAAUGGGACCACAAGGUGUAUAACGAGGAGAUUACCAACAAAUGGCGACAAGAAGUGUCCCAGGGUGGUCAGGACGUGACCGAAAUCAUGAUGGAUUGGGUUAUCAAGGAGCUCCAAUGGAAAGCCGAGGUCCUCCAAAACGAAGGACUCACUUUUGUUUUCGAUAUUGGCGUGAUAAAAUCGGAUACUGCGAUACCUGAAGAUCUGAAACGACUGUUGAAAGACGCCGUGGCUCCAUUCGAAGCUGUCCCAGAGGAGCAAAAGGAUUAUCAUCCUGGAACCAACAACAAGGUGGUUGAUCUCGUGCAUCAGUCACUCUUUCCUGUUGUUUAUGGUCACACGCACAUCCUACGUGACAAGACAAUCGGCCUGGAGGAUUGUUUGAGCAAUGUGGGUCAGGGCGAACUACUAUCUGCUCAGAACGAAAACCCUCCGGCAGGCUACAGUGGCAAGUUCCAAUGGCUUCCUUGUGACGUUGCACUACUUGAAUAUGACGAGUGUCGGAUAACUUCAUACAUCAGCAAUGCUCAUCCCGUAGAGCAUCAAGCAUUGUAUGAAGUUGUCGAGAAAAUUAUUGCGCGAGCCAUUCCCCUUUGGAAUAAAAGCUUGACAUCACCAUCCUAUGACGUUGGUCAAAGAAUACCUUAUGAUACGGUUGAGUAUCUUGAUGACUGUGAGCACAAGGAUCCCAGACCCGUUGAGAAAGACUUCGACAAUGAAAAUGAAUACUGGGAAAAAUGCGAUGAAUGGGACGCUGCACAGCCGAUCAAACAGCCGGAGCCAUAUGGGAGAUUCAAGGCUCCGGACUACCAGGAGCCAGGCAAUUGGACUGAUCUUCGAAGCGAAUUUCGAGAAAGUGGACUUCAAGUCAUGGUGAAGCUGGCAAAUAUCGAACUCACCCCCGAGGAUCCUGAAUACGAAGGAGGAAGCUGGCAUAUUGAGGGGCAGUUAAACGAACACAUCUGUGCAACGGCCAUCUACUAUUAUGACUGCGAAAACAUCACCGAAAGCACGCUCUGUUUCCGCGGACGCGGGAGUGAGGAGCCCAUGGAGGAAAUAAGUUACGAACAAGAACGGCACGAAUUCCUCCAACAGGUUUAUGGAUUCGCAGGCAACGGUACAAAUAUCAAAGACCUAACGCAAGAGCUUGGAGGGGUUGUGUGCAAGGAAGGCCGUCUCCUUACCUUCCCUAAUGUCGUUCAACAUCGGGUCUCACCGUUUUCACUGGCAGACAGAUCCAGGCCUGGUCACCGGAAGAUCCUCGCACUGUUCUUGGUUGACCCUCAUAUUCGGAUCAUCUCGUCUGCUAAUGUUCCACCGCAACGUGAGGAUUGGGGCGUUGAGAGAGAAAAGGUCGUUGAUGGGGCGUUGUCUAAGCUUCCAGUGGAGCUUCAGUAUAUGGUCCGCAAAGACUUGCCCAAGAACUAUAUGACUAUGGACGAGGCAAAACAGUACCGACUUGAACUUAUGAAAGAGAGAAGCGUCCAAACUCGGGAUCAGAACAAUUCGUUUGAAAGUGGUUCGUUCUCACUUUGCGAGCAUUGA